AUGGAUCGCUUAGCGCACUCUCUCGGGGAUUCCAUGAGGGAUGGAUUCAGCAUCAAGGACUUCACAAAGUUCAACACUGCUCGAGAGAACGAGCGCAUAGACAGCUACAUCGCCAAUUCUUCGAGCCCCUUCAAUGAGGGCGAGGGCUGGCAUCAAUCGUCUGUUAAGAUCCGCCUCCCUGCUGACAAGGUGAAGACUCCCGAAGACCAGGCGCCAGAAUUUGAAGUCAAGGGUGUCUGGCAUCGCAAUAUCGUCGACAUUAUCAAGACUGUCUAUUCAGAUUCCACCACCUUCUCCACACUUCACGCCACACCAUUUCAGCAGUUUUGGAAGCCGUUCAAGAACUCAAAGCCCGAGCGCGUCCACUCAGAAAUAUAUUGCUCACACUCGAUGCUCGAGGCUGACGAGGAAAUACAGAAACUCCCACGCGAGCCUGAUGACAAGUUGGAGCGCAUCGUCACGCCGCUCAUGCUUUGGUCGGACGCAACGCACCUUGCAAAUUUCGGCACGGCGUCACUCUGGCCUUUCUACUCGUUUUUUGGCUCCCAAUCAAAGUACACCCGCGCAAAACCCACGGCAUAUGCAUGCCAUCAUCUAGCAUACAUCCCCUCACUUCCGGACAUUAUUCAAGAUUUUUACCGCUCAUUUUUCGGCAAGAGCGCGACGGCAGAGACUCUCACGCACUGCAAGCGUGAGCUCAUACAUGCGAUAUGGAUCCUCCUCCUUGACAACGAUUUCAUGGAGGCAUAUACCCACGGAAUCGUCAUUCGAUGUGGUGAUGGUAUCAUGCGUCGUGUGUUUCCACGAUUCUUCACUUACUCCGCGGACUACCCCGAAAAGGUCAUACUUGCGAGUAUCAAGUAUCUCGCCAAGUGCCCGUGCCCUCGAUGCCUUGUCGAGAAGAACAAAGUUGUCCACAUGGGCAUGAAGUCUGAUAUGAAGACUCGCUGCAAGGACCGCGAAGAUGAUGUCCAACGCCAGCAGAAUGUUGAAACUGCCCGCCGACUGAUCUACGAGUUCGGUGUGCCACUCAAGGCAGACAGGCUGAAGACAGUGCUCGGUGAACGCUCGCUCGUACCAACAAGGAAUGCCUUUUCCAUGAAGCUAGCACGCUUUGGGUUCGACUUCCAUUCGAUGUUUGUGGUCGACCUCCUGCAUGAGGUCGAGCUGGGUGUAUGGAAAGCUACCUUCACUCAUCUGAUGCGAGUGCUUCAAGCAGCUGCAGAUGAUGCCAUUCAAAAAUUGAAUCAACGCUAUCGAGCGGUACCCACGUUUGGUCGCAGCACAAUACGACGCUUUCACAGGAAUGCCUCGGCCAUGCGGAAGCUUGCUGCAAUCAUGUCACACAUUGGUAUAACCUCCCUUUCACAGUGUGCUAUGCCAGUAUUCGAAGGCCUUUUGCCUGCACGCCACGACGCCAUUGUGGCCAACCUCCUGUUCGACCUCGCAACGUGGCAUGCAUACGCAAAGCUGCGCCUCCAUACAGGCACCUCCCUGGGGUUCUUCGCCACCGCCACACUCAUGCUCGGUGCCGCAAUGCGACGGUUUGUCAAGAAGACCUGCGCGGCUUACGACACAAGGGAACUCCCUCACGAGAUGGCCGCACGAGGAAGACGCAAGGCUGCAAUGAUCAAGAAGGGUCUCGACUCAGGAAAGAACAUCAGUGCGACAACAUUCGCCUCGGAAAAACUGCGCAAAAUCUUUAACCUGGUAACCUACAAAUACCAUGCCCUUGGUGACUACGUUGGCAUGAUCGUCCGCUUUGGAACAACGGACUCGUACAGCACGCAAGUGGGUGAGCUCGCACACAAGGUGGUCAAACGUCGCUACGACCGUACAAACAAGAACAACUUUGUUCCGCAGCUGGCAAGGCACGACGCUCGUGAACGCCUCCUUCACAAAGUCGCAAAGCGGUCAGAUGAACAUCGUAGGCGCGAGCUAGCACGCACGCGCACGCAGAAGCGUAAGCGGCCUGAACGGCUGCCUUUGUCUGACCCCACCGCCCAUUACCACAUUGCCGUAUCAACAAGGAAGCACCUGAACGUGCGGUCUUGGAUUCACGACCACUCUGGAGACCCCGCGCUCAAGGAGUUCCUACCUCGCCUCAAGGAUCACCUCUUGGCACGUGUGCUAGGGCUCGCUUACGAUGGCGAUGAACGUGAGUUCUCAGACGAGGACCGUGACAACAUCACCAUCGUCAAUGACCGGCUGUAUCAACACAGCGUGCUGCGGAUCAACUACACCUCAUACGACAUGCGACGACAGCAAGACUCGAUUAAUACGCGAACACAAGCAGAUGUAAUGGUCCUCUCGCAAGAGGAUGGCACCCCUGACAACCCAAUGCAUCCGUACUGGUACGCGCAUGUCGUUGGCGUCUUCCAUUGCAUGGUGCACCACCGCGGUCAUUCCUCUGAGCCCAAGCGAAUGGAUUUCUUGUGGGUUCGCUGGUUUGGCCUUGACACUGACGCGCCAGGUGGGUGGGAUCGCAAGCGGCUGCACAGUGUCGCCUUUAUCCCCGAAGACGAUCCUGCCAUGUUCGGCUUCUUAGACCCCAAGGAAAUCAUCCGCGGCGUACACCUCAUCCCUGCAUUUGCGCGUGGACACACCUCCGAGCGACUUGGGCCGUCCAUCGCUCGACAGCCAGCAGAGAACGAUGAAGAUUGGGAGGGGUAUUAUAUUAACAUGUUCGUGGACCGCGACAUGUUCAUGCGCUUCCGCGGCGGCGGCAUCGGUCACAAGGGCACAUGGCACCUCAAUACCAGCCUUCUCCGAGAUGGGCAAUCUGCACAAGUGCCGGAGGAGCCCUCCGACGAGGGAGUCGACGAGCAAGGCGGCGCUGAGGAUGACGAUUCGGAAGAGGAAUCUGAAGAAGAGGAGGGAGAAGAUGGGCUUUUAACAGAGGAGGAGGAGGAGGAGGAGGACUCUGACGAUGAUCCCGACCCGUUGCCUGAAGGGGACGGAAGGGAGCGGGACGAGCGAGUGCUUGCAGAGGAGGGUUAUGGCGAGUUUUGA